CACCACCACCAUCUCAUUCAUUCACUCAUGCCCACAAUCAUCGCCAACACCUGAAGCACGUGCCUUUCAGCCUAAUCCAGGUCGGAAACGUUCGAUCCAGUGCCGCCUCACUCGCCCAUACUUGUUUAUCGUGUCACGGUUCUACUGGCUCCGUUCCCCGUCAAACCUGUAGUAUAUUGCCGCAUGAUAACCACCGAACCAUCGCUCCCCCAUGUCGUCAUCCCCGAAAGAAGAGUCUAUGUCCCCGGAACUGCCCACGGGUAUACAAGAGAUCUCCGGCGAAUAUGCUACGGGCACCCUCUUCAACUCUGGCCUGUCCAAGGGCCCAUCCACGAGCACAACGACGAGCAAUGUACGCAACAAAAUAUCCUCCGCAGAUGCCGAAGAACAGUCCCCUGCGGCGUCCAGGCCUGCAAUCAAUCCCAGGAUCGCCCUCAUCACUGCCGCACUCAUGGGACAUUCAAUCUACAAAUCUAAAAUCUUGCGACUGUGCAUGGCUCUCUCUGGAAUAUCGAUCGUGACGGCAGCCUUAGCCUUUAUCGCCGUCAAGUACAUAAAGGACAGCGUCAAGCCUAACGUAGAUACCAAUACUGAGGUGCGUAACGAGACCACCACCGCAGGAAACAUCGAAUCCACCCGUGGGAACCGAAGCAACGCAUCUCUUCCGCUCGCAAUCUUCAACCAGAUGGAACAUGGGGAGACGGUAUAUGUAUUCGACCUCGACUAGGCCGCUUUUCACAAAUCGUUUCAAUAGUAAUUGUAAAUGAGAAAAUGGGAAGGAAUGUCUUCCCGUAGUUUUGUGCGAACAGUUUGUUUCGUUUUCUUGUAUAGCAUUCAGUCAUGUAUCACGCCGUCUGCCAGGCCUCUUACACUUGACAAAGCCGAUUGGACCAAGACAUAUACAUAUGUAUUUGCUCAGCAAUACAAAAUGCUUAAUAACGUUA